CGCUGCUGCCGCUGCUCGUCUCUUGCCGGUACUCUCCAUGGGUCGACAGUCCACGCUCAAGGCGGACAAGGGAGGCAAGAAGCUCGGCUCGGCCGACCAGAAGAAGGACAAGGCCAAGAAGAGCGACCCGACCUUUUACUACCUCGCCGCAGGCGGCGGUGCGUUUGUGGCUCUCCUGAUCGGCACCGCGCACGCACUCAAGCGCGCCAGGCGAGCGGCUCGCCUGGCGAAGCGGCGCUGCGAGUCGGCUGCAAACACUGCGGGCGCGUGUGCGGGUGUCGAGGACAGCGGUGCCGCGCAGAGCGAGAACUGUGCCGCGGCCCGCGCCGCACUGGAGGCGUGCACCGCCGAGUCUCCGCCGGGCUGGGUGCUGAGCGAGACGCAGAUCCUCGGCGUCGCGGGUGCAGUCCUCACGCUGCUGGUCGUGGGCGCGGCCUGCGCGGUGCUCGGUGAGCGCGCCAUGCUACGCUGGCGCGCGUGGCGAGCCGCCGCGGCCGAGCGUGCGCGGAGGCUGGCUGCGGCCGCGAGCCGCGUCGAGCUGACGCACCUGUGGGCGGACCUCGGCUGCGUGUGGUGCGACAAGUGCUCCGCCGUCCUUGCGGCGACCCUCCGCCCCGCUUUUCUCGGCUCGGCAGCCGGCCUCUCGGCCGCCGCCUUCCUUGACACGGCCGGCUGCACGCUCGCGGACGUGCCUCGCUUCGGCCUGCUCCUCAUGUGCGCUUGCGGGGCGGAGCGGGAGGUGUCCGACCCGGCGCGCGGCCGGCGGGUGCGCGACGGCUGCAGAGAGUGCCACUCGCCGCAGCCGCUCUAUUUCUCCAACGUGACGCUGUCGCUCCUCAAGAAGCUGCGCAAGAAGAAUGCGAGCCAGCUCGCCUCGCUCGGCCUGAGCGUGGGCAAGCCGCUGCCUAACAAGGGCGCGUGCAAGCACUUCAAGCACUCGUACCGCUGGCUGCGCUUCCCGUGCUGCGGCCGCGCCCACCCGCCGUGCUCCUCCUGCGGCAACACCUUCACGCGCCCGGGAGGGGGGCACUGGCAGGGCGGCGACGGCUGCCGCGACCAGACGCGGCUCGCAAAGUCCGACAGCCGGAAGCACAAGGCGCGCGCGGCGCCCUCUCUCCUCCCCUCCCCCGCCGCGGGCACCUCGGCCGCCGGCGCCAAGAAGACGGUCAGCGCAAAGUCGCAGCGCGUCGGCGCCGCGGGCUCGCGCGCCACCGCCGCAAAGAAGCUGGCCAUGGCGCGGCCGGCUUAGGGAGCCUCUGCCAAAGGUUGUACCGCAGUCAGUCGGCACGAAAGAAGAGUCCUCUAUCUCUUGUGUGGUCGUCAACUGGCCCCGUGGGCGGGAGCGGUGGCGCGGUAGAAGCUACAAUACGAGUUGGUGUGGAGUUGGUGGGGGCCGACAGGUGGGCCGAGCCCGGGGUUCUUGGCGAGGGCCUGAGGCCCGAGGGCCGAGGGGCGCUGGGAAAUCCUGUCACCUUGUCGCGCCAUUCCCGUGCCAUUGUUAAAGUAAAAAAACAUGGCCGUCUC